GGUGACGGUUCACAGAUCUGUCCAGGGCUGAACUACCCACCUCCAGCCAGCAAGAAGAAAAAGCAACUGAGCUAAGAGAAGAAGCGGCGGCGGCGGCGGCGGCGGCGGCAGCCUCCGCCUCGCGCCUUUCGCAAGCCUCUGGUUACGUUUCCGAGCGUCGGGCAGCCCGAUUCUCCUCUGAAGUUGGCUCCAGCCUUAGCAGCCGCAUUGGAUCCCACAGCCUACUGCGAGACUCCGGUCUACAACCCGGAUCUCUGCCCCAACAUGAUCGCGGCCCAGGCUAAGCUGGUGUACCAUCUCAACAAGUACUACAACGAGAAAUGCCAAGCACGGAAAGCGGCCAUCGCGAAAACUAUCCGCGAAGUCUGCAAAGUGGUCUCGGACGUGCUGAAGGAAGUGGAAGUGCAGGAGCCUCGCUUCAUCAGCUCGCUGAACGAGAUGGACAACCGCUACGAGGGCCUGGAGGUCAUCUCGCCCACCGAGUUCGAGGUGGUCCUUUAUCUGAACCAGAUGGGCGUCUUCAACUUCGUGGACGACGGCUCCCUGCCCGGCUGCGCGGUGCUCAAGCUGAGCGACGGGCGCAAGCGGAGCAUGUCGCUCUGGGUGGAGUUCAUCACGGCCUCCGGCUACCUCUCGGCCCGCAAGAUCCGCUCGCGCUUCCAGACGCUGGUGGCCCAAGCCGUGGACAAAUGCAGCUACAGGGACGUGGUGAAAAUGGUGGCGGACACCAGCGAGGUGAAGCUGCGCAUCCGGGACAGAUACGUGGUGCAGAUCACGCCGGCCUUUAAGUGCACCGGCAUCUGGCCCCGCAGCGCUGCCCACUGGCCCCUGCCCCACAUCCCCUGGCCGGGGCCCAACCGCGUGGCCGAGGUCAAGGCCGAGGGCUUCAACCUCCUGUCCAAGGAGUGCCACUCGCUGGCGGGCAAGCAGAGCUCGGCCGAGAGCGACGCCUGGGUCUUGCAGUUCGCCGAGGCCGAGAACAGGCUGCAGAUGGGCGGCUGCCGGAAGAAAUGCCUCUCGGUCCUCAAGACGUUGCGCGACCGGCACCUGGAGCUGCCCGGGCAGCCGCUCAACAACUACCACAUGAAGACUCUGGUUUCCUACGAGUGCGAAAAGCAUCCCCGGGAGUCGGACUGGGACGAGUCUUGCCUGGGCGAUCGCCUCAACGGGAUUUUACUGCAGCUCAUCUCUUGCCUCCAGUGCAGGCGAUGCCCGCAUUACUUCUUGCCCAAUUUAGACCUCUUCCAGGGCAAGCCCCACUCCGCCCUCGAAAACGCAGCCAAACAAACGUGGCGGCUGGCGAGGGAAAUACUCACCAACCCCAAAAGUUUGGAGAAACUUUAGAGGGCGACGGAAGGCGGCCUUAAACUAUUCACAUGGCUUUCUAGAGGGCGAGGAUUCUGCUGGAAACGGGCAGGUGUUGCCAUCCAAUAAUGCAAACAUCACCCUGCGUUAAAGGAAGAGGUCGUCCACACACACAUAUACAAAGCCAACACCAAGUAUUAUGACUUGUCAGUAACACAACGUUAAAAUCUCUGAAAAAGAAAACGUGAAUGAUGAUCAUCUGGGGAAAUGCAAUAUCGGCUGUCAUUUAGCCUGAUUGUGACCACUCUGCCUAGAAACCAGACCAAUGGAUUAUAACAACAAGGACGGGUUUUUGUGUGUGUGUGCACGUGUGAGUAAAACCUGAUCUGGAAAUGCCAUCUGACAAAACAACAACAAAACAAACAAGUCCACAAUGUCCCGUCCUCCCCACUCCCCAUGUAGAUUUUUUUUUUUAAAUUUGUAUGGAAUAUUGUGGUCUCACAUUGUCUUUGAAAUUGUGGAUGUUAGUGUUUUGUGAAUUGGUGAAAAGAAGUUAAAUUGCCAUUUUGGAUACUUCAGGACAUUUUCUGCUCAAGAAGAUACCAUUUAAAAAGGUAGAUUUUAUCAUGGUACUUUUGUUAAUUGUCUUUUGAAGUGUCUAAACUUAAAAGUUUACAUUUUUUGUUUCGAAUAUAUUGCUUGUUCUAUUUCUAACAUUCCAUAAAUAUACUUGAAAUGUUAUUUAAAUAUAUUCAGAAGAAAUUUGGAUUUUGCUUAUAUAAUUGUGAAUAUUGGAAUUAUAUAUUGGAAAAAUGCACUUGAAAUACACUGGAUAAUUACUUUUUGUGAUUUAAAUUUCUGUUGCUGAUUUUAUUUAAUUACAAGCUAAUAAAUAAAAGUAAAAUGAA